AUGGAAUCCGCGAGUGCAUUGCGGCCUCUUGAUGAAUCACUACUCCGUGAACUCCCUCAACUCUCUCUCCGUAUCGCCCCUCUGCGAGAACCAGUAUCAUCACGAACCCUAAGCGUCCCAUCGCCCCUCGAACCUAAUGCCAGUGGAGCACGGGACUCGAAGAAUAUCCCCAAUUCAAAUAGCAGUAUUGGAAAGAUCCCAGCAAAUGCAAGUUCAGGCCUGCCGACAGUUACGGAAUUUUUGAACGCUGCGCGCAUCAAGAAAACCGAACUCUCAACAGACUCACAAUCAAACGUGGAACGUCCCCCGAGGCCGAUACUUCCUGCUUUUGUGAAUCUCCGUGCCCUGGAAAAGUUUCCAUUUUCAUCAUCAUUCGACGACGAUGCCCUCCAAGGGCCCCGCAAGCGUCAACGCCGAGACCCCCAGGCUGAUUCAUUCAGCGAGCAUCUACAGCUGCCUAUCCCUCAGGCCCAGAAGGAGCAGCGGCCUCCUCCAUUUGGGCCUUUUGCUAUUCUAAAUGGAUUGAAUGAGCCUCCGCCCAAUGCUGCCCUUCUGCCACCCAUUGAGGCUGAGUCUAGUAUCUCCCAGCUUUUGACUAAGCCCUCGGGAGGCGAUGCUGCUAUUGACACUGGAACGUUAGUUUCGGCUCUAGUCACGGUCCUAGAUGGCCAGCCUGCGGAAAAGCGAGAUACUAGACUUGAAGAAAUACUCAGAACGUCUCUCAAUGUGGAUGAAAACGAAGACAAUAAUGAUAAUCAUGAAAAAUUUGCAAGUGCUAACCCAGUGGAUCCCGAUGAGAUUAUCAUAGCUGUUCGUGAAACAGAGAUAUCUAAGAGCAGCAAGGCGUCGCCACUCCUUCCUGCACAAGAUGUGCCCAUGUCUCCUAAGACUCGCGGCCGAUCCCGUAAAAACCUGAGAAAGUGGACCGAAGAAGAGACAACUACUUUACUUAGGGGAGUGGUCAAAUGUGGCAUUGGCAACUGGAAAGCAAUUCUCGCUCAACCGGAACUGGAGUUCAAUCAGCGAAGUGCCUCAAAUUUGAAAGACAGCGCAUCCGAUCCCAACGAAGCUGCGAAACAACUACAUGACACUCUCGCGUAUACCCUACUCAAAGCCAAAGCAGAGGGCUUUGACAUAACACCUGACAAAAUCCAGCUCUCCCAUCUAAUGCCCUCCAUUCAAGGCUUAGAACCAAACUCGGGAGUAGGAAGUCCGGCUCGCAAUCCCCCCAACCCCUCCAUAUUGAGUACCGUCUUAUCUACGCCCGACGCAGAUCCCGGCAGUAGUAGCAUUGCCCAAUCGCAGUCACCCUCGUCAGGAAAUUGCAUACCCGCUCUCUCAAGCAAGUCCCGUACAACCCUCGCAUCUCUUGGAAUCCCCGAACCACACGUCGCAAAAUCCAAACGUCGUUCUCGGCGACCCUUCACAACCGUCGAGGACGAAGCCCUCCUCAAAGGCUACGCAGUGCACGGCUUCCAAUGGACCCUAAUCCAGCAAGAUUCGCGGCUUAAUCUAAGACACCGCAAAGCGACAGAUCUCCGCGAUCGCUUCAGAACCAAGUUCCCACACGCGUAUCGCGACGGUGGCUCGGUGAGCGGAAAAGCCCUCAACAACCAAAACCAGGGCCAGGAGGCGAGGACCGGUGCGUCGACCCCCCGCUCACAUCCUGCCAGCUCCGAACAAUCUCCAAGCAAAGCCUAUGCCAUGACUCCGACUCCAACUCCGACCCCAGCUACCACGUCCCGUAACUUGGUAUCGAGGAGUCGGCAAGCUGCUACCUCUUCGCAGUCCAAUCUUGCUCAGAUUGAUCCCGCACUCUUGCCCCCGCCUCCGCAAGGCUUUUUGGAGCACUCGAUGUAUCUUCCACCUGCUGCUGCGGGUGUGCUUUCUUUCUCUUUGGAUGAUGGAUCCGGAGCGGGUCCUUCUUCCGCAGUGGAGACACCGUGGGAAGACAACACCCUCGCUCCUAUGAUUUGGGAUUAA